AUGGCUGGAUUCAAAAUUUUCAAAGUGAUGGUAGCCUUCUUGGCUCUUGCUACCCUUAUUAGUGGCGACGCCCUGUCUGGUAAGCCUAAGGCCAGCAAAGCACCAGCCAAAGCUGAUGCUCCCACGACCGAUACUGCCGAGCCCGGUGCUAUGGAAGGAGCGCCCACUGCCACUCCUGAUGCUGCCACCCCAAACGCUCCAGGCCAAAGGACCCGGAAGCUCAGAAGGCGCUUCUCAAAAGCCUUAGGGGAACACUCCCCGAAAACCUCGCCAAACAACUACCCAAAAAAUGACGAGGAAGACAUACCAUCUGGAUUAGCUGUCCAAAUUAGCCUAUAUCUUCGCAAAAAGAUAUCUGGUGACUCACUGGUAUUUUACGACUACCCUGAUGAGAGUGAGAGUGACAGCGCCAAGGGCUGGGAGGCGUUCGGGCAGGAGCUUGUAAAACGUGGUAUGAAAAAGGUUGGUGACUCUUAG